UAUGAAAGAAUCAAAUUUGCGAAACAAGAACCCAGUGCAGCGUGUUAAUACCAGUUACAGACGUGAGUUACUGGCAGCUAGAGAGAAUUGGAAGAAGUAAAAGUAAGGCAAGCUAUUGAUGUUUGCAUUUCUCUCAUCGUUCUAAAGUGUAAUCUGUGGAAAACUGACACCCCAAAGGAGUCCAUCACAGCAAUACAGAGUCGAUCUUUCUAUUUCUGAUCUAUUUGAUGAUUCAGUCCAUGGGAUUUUAACGAUAUAAACGACACAGCUUGGCAUUGGUGGAAUGCUUGCUAUCCCGAAUUACCCUAAGUGAAUAAUCUUUUGUGGUAUUGGGCCAGAGAGAGAUCGAAGGAUCAUUUUGGCGGAAUUCAAAAUAUUACGCAUUUUUCCGUAACUGUGGAUAAUUGUGGACAAUUGCCUUGACCGCGAGGGGAUUAUUAUCGAUUCAAUGGGAUAAUCUACAGCUGCAUCUAUUGUUAACAUGUGCGGAGAUCGCGUAAUGCGGAAUUACGGACAUCGACACUGCCAAUGAUGAGGAGUUGAUAUUCGCCUGUUGCUAUUAUUGCUCAACGAGGCAAGAAUUCAAAAACUGGAAUCCGAUCGCCGCUGCUGCCUGCUGCUUCUGCAUCGCGGUCUGCUGUCACGCAUGAUGCAGCAGCUGUUUUAACAAGUUCGUCACACAUUUUUUCUCCCCGCUGUCUACGAAUUUAUUACUGGACCGUACGCUUGUUGCCUUAACGCAGCGGUAAAGGAGAAAAAAUGUCUAGUAUCAGCAGUCGGCGCAACACUGUGGCCAUGCCUCCGGUUAUCACCUGUGAUAAAAGUCUCACGCCGAAGAACAGUAAUACGAGGCCCAAUACAAACAAAGCCAGCUCGACCAGCGUAAUAACACAGCUGCAUGCGAGUCCGUCGCAAAGUGGAUCAACUGGUGUGAAUCUAGCGCUUCCGUCAUCACCUGCAUCCAAUACACUCCGUGUACAUCUGCCCAAUGGCGGCUUCAAUGUUGUUAAAUAUGGGCAACACACUCGUGUUCGGGAAAUUGUGCAAGCUGUUACGAACCGACUGGCUGCUACCAUAAGACCGUGUUUGAAUUUAUAUGGCUUAUAUGUGCGCUUCAAUGGAGAAGACCACUGGCUACCUCGUGAUAGAACGGUCAUGAAAGCGCGAGAACGGUUUGAUACUUCUCCUAGUACACGAUAUGAACUCCGUGUACGUUACUUUCCUUCGGAUCUCAAACAGCUUCACGAAAGGGAUCGUGUUACAUUUCUUUAUAUUUACGACCAGGUUAGGAACGAAUAUUUGUCAGGUAUCGCCGAAACAAUUGCACCGGAAAUAGCCAUUCAGCUGGGGUGCUUGGAAAUACGUCGAUUCUUCAAAGAUAUGCCGCAAAUUGCACUUGAUAAAAAAUCGAAUUUCGACUAUUUGGAAAAAGAAGUCGGUUUACGCAAAUUUUUCCCUGAACGAUUACUGCUGCAGUCAAAGCCUCGUUCGUUGCGCAAAGCCAUUCAGAUUUGCUUUAAAGAAUUCGCAUCAUUAACGGAGUCGGAAUGCAUAUUACGGUUUUUUGAUAUACUGAAGAGCGUUCACCGGUUUGACCAAGAGACGCAUAAGUGCUCACUCGGUAGCAACUGGUCCGUGCCAAUCACCGUGGUCGUUUCAGCCGAGAAUGGCCUGGCUUACAGUAUCGAACGAAGCGCGCCAAAGCAACUCGCUCAGUUCAAGGAUGUGAAUAAUAUUCGUACAAGCGCUGAAGGACAGUCACGAUAUGUUGUGCAAAUCCGUGUUGAAGGUGCUGAUGAGAUGUUGACACUGACUUGUCCAUCAGCGCAAAUCUGUGAUGACAUUGCCGAUUUAAUUAAUGGUUAUUGCAUGCUGGAAACCGGUAGCCAGCGGGAAUUGUGGAGUCGUGAAAAACGCGAAUCCCGUCGACAAAGUAUAAUAUUAUCUCCCCAUCUGCGCAGUCAGUCGGGCGGCGGCAGCGGUGGUGGUUCCGACUGGAGACUGCACGAUUCUAACCGGUCCGAUUACGCUGAGGUCGUUGAUGAUAUGGAAGCUGAUUAUUCUGCACCAUUAGAUGAUGAUUACGUGGUGGAAAGGGCAGGUGUCAGUAUUACUGCGUUGGAUAUUAUUGGUGAGGGGCAUUUUGGGAAUGUUUACCGCGGAAGCUAUGUUGCCAAAAAUGGUGAAAGUAUGGAAGUUGCGGUAAAGGCAUGCAAAGAAGGUGUGGACCGGAACACCACAGAGAAAUUCUUGGAAGAGGCUUAUAUCAUGAAACAGUUCGAUCAUCCUCACAUAAUCAAACUGAUUGGUGUUUGCCCGGAGGCGCCGAUAUGGAUCAUCAUGGAGUUGGCAAAAUAUGGCGAGUUGAGAGCAUACUUGUUGAGUAAUCGACAUCGUCUGCCACUUGCAACUCUGCUGCUCUACUGUUACCAGCUUAGUACGGCUUUAUCGUACCUCGAAAGUAAAAACUACGUGCAUCGCGAUAUAGCGGCAAGGAACAUUCUGGUGUCCGAUUGUGACAAUGUUAAGCUGGCCGAUUUUGGGUUAUCCCGUUGGAUUGAAGAGGAAUCCUACUAUAAAGCAUCAAAAGGCAAACUGCCCAUCAAAUGGAUGGCACCAGAGUCAAUUAAUUUUCGUCGUUUUUCUUCCGCAUCAGAUGUUUGGAUGUUUGCUGUCUGCAUGUGGGAAAUUUUGAUGCUGGGGGUCAAGCCGUUUACCGGUGUGAAGAACGGCGAAGUAAUAGGCCUGAUCGAAAGGGGAGACCGCUUGCAGAUCCCGGAAAACUGUUCACCAAAGCUUUACAGUGUGAUGAUGCAGUGUUGGAACUACGAGCCAACGAAACGACCAAAUUUUACUGCUUUGCAAGUGAUACUGCAUAACCUAUACGACCUUGAGAGACGUCAGGAUAAGAGCUUCCGAUAUAGUUUGGAGGAUGGCACACAGGAAACGCCGCCGCCAAAGCCGUUACUUCCGGCUGCGCUUGCGCCUUUGUUUAACCCUAAUGCGCCCGCUAAUAACAGUCGUUCGCCGUCAUCGUCCCCGAGCGCCUCGACGCGCAGUGACGUCGCUAGUCAGAAUGUGCAUGUGCGAGCACGCAGGCCACUCUUACCACAGGAACUGGUCGAACAUGAGGCUGAGAAGAGCAACCAUGAUGAACGUAUGAUUCAGUUGAAUAGUCGACUUCUUCAGCAGCAAUUGAAAAACCAGCUUCGUAUUUCGGAAGAAGAUGACCAAUGGCUGGAACAGGAAGAAUACAACCUUAGACCAAAGACACUUCUUAUCAACGAGCCUCUGACCAUCAAUCGCAGUGCCAAGAAACGCCAUAAUCCAGCACUGCAGUCUCUGCGCAACGAAGUUGCCGAUGCCGUGGCCUCCAUUGUCAAAUUGGUGGACACUGCCAAAGUCGUGCCCUCGUGUGAUUUUAAUUGUAGCUUGCUGGUGGAAGCUGUGAAAAACCUUGGCGGAAAAGUUCGUAGCUUCAGCGCUGCUGUGGAUGGUUUGCGGAUGGAACUACGGCCUUCCGAGCAUGAUAAGGUUGAGAAAUCCCAAAAGUGGCUGUCGAGUAACAUGACUGACGUUGUGCAUGCUUUGAAAUUUUUUAUAAAAUUUUACGGCACAGAAGUCGAUGAUUUGUACGUGCAACGAUUGUUAACUGCGGUUAAGGUUGUCGGUGGUGAAGUUUCUGACUUGCUGGAGUCUUUAAGUGAUUUUUAAAUAUUCUUUUCUCCUCGCAACUGCCUUAAUUGACGCGCUUCCCAGUCCAGACUUUGAUCUUCUUCAAAUAUUUUUGAUUUGAAAUUUGUAGUAUUACUUGUUGAUGUGUUGCGUUGUUUAUUUGAGAAAUCUAUUAAGAAAUUUGACAAUA